AUGUCUGCAUUCAACUCGGCUCCCUAUACGCCAACAGUUCGGACCGUACCAGACUCUCCGACUAUUCGCAAUGCCAAGCUAUCUGUAACGAUGACAGCGGGCUAUGGACGCCACAUAUUCGAACUAACAACUACCUGCUAUCAUGCAUGCUGCGGAGCGGCCGGAAGCAUGAGUUCGCAGUCCGCAAAACCGCAAAACCGCACUCACCAAUACAACGCAGCGCUAUCUUUACCGGUUGGACUUGGACGCACCUCGAUGCACCCUUCCACGCCGCCAACCUUCGGACACAGUUCGGCAGACACUAAUACACAGGCUGCUGGAGGACUACCUCGAAGAUACGAGUUCACCGGAGCUAUUAUGCAUGCGGCAUGCAAGCCAGCAUCUGACACUUCCAACUUUCAGCCUCAUGGCCCUCAUUUGUCGCAGCACCAACCACAUGUUCGCCUACAAAGCCCAAAACAGGUUCACAACUAA